GGUCGACAGUUCCCGGCGAGCUCCGGCAGAGGGAAACUUGGCCGCCCCCGCUGCCGCCGCCCGCCUUUCCGCCCGCGGGCCCGGAGCCUCUGCUGUCCCGCCGCGCCCUCGGCAGAGAUGCCGCUGUAGAGCCGCCGCCGUCCGCACAGGCGCCCGGCAUGUCUCCAGCGCUGCUGGCGCUCUGGCUGUGGCUGGGCUCGGGCGGGCCGCGCGGCCUGGCAGGCACCCCGGCCGGGCUCCGCUUGCCGCUGCACAGCGCGCUGCCCGGGGCGCCGGCGGCGGAAGGACGGGCGCGGCGCUCGGCCGAGGAGGAGCGGGAGCAAGGCCGCCGCACCGCCGGCCCCCGCAGCAGCAGCAGCAGCAGCAGCAGCUUCGUGGCCAUGGUGGACAACCUGCGCGGCAAGUCGGGGCAGGGCUACUACGUGGAGAUGACGGUGGGCAGCCCCCCGCAGAAGCUGAAUAUCCUGGUGGACACUGGAAGCAGCAACUUUGCUGUGGGUGCAGCCCCUCAUCAGUUCCUGCAGCGAUACUAUCAGCGCCAGCUCUCCAGCACCUAUCGGGACCUGCAGAAGGGAGUCUAUGUGCCCUACACGCAAGGGAAGUGGGAGGGAGAGCUGGGCACUGACUUGGUGGCCAUCCCUCAUGGCCCAAAUGUCACCGUCCGUGCCAACAUUGCCGCCAUCAUCAAGUCGGACAAGUUCUUUAUCAACGGCUCCAACUGGGAAGGCAUUCUGGGCUUGGCAUAUGCCGAAAUUGCCCGGCCGGACAACAGCCUGGAGCCCUUCUUCGACUCUCUGGUGAAGCAGACGCAGGUGGCCAACAUCUUCUCCCUGCAGCUGUGUGGCACAAGCUUCCCGACCAAUGAUUCAGAGACCCUGGCUUCCGUGGGGGGCAGCAUGAUCAUUGGGGGCAUCGACCAGACUCUCUACAGGGGCAACAUCUGGUACACACCCAUCCGGAAGGAAUGGUACUACGAGGUUGUCAUAGUCAAGAUUGAGAUCAAUGGGCAGGACCUCCAGAUGGACUGCAAGGAGUACAAUUACGACAAGAGCAUUGUGGACAGUGGCACCACCAACCUUCGGCUGCCCAAGAAGGUCUUUGAGGAGGCAGUGAAGUCCAUCAAGACAGCUUCCUCGACCGAGAAGUUCCCAGAUGGCUUCUGGCUGGGGGAGCAGCUGGUUUGCUGGCAGGUGGGAACAACCCCCUGGAACAUCUUCCCGGUCAUCUCUCUCUACCUGAUGGGUGAGACCACCAACCACUCCUUCCGGAUCAGCAUCCUGCCCCAGCAAUACCUGCGGCCAGUCGAGGACGUGGCUACCUCCCAGGAUGAGUGCUACAAGUUUGCUGUCUCCCAGUCCUCCACCGGCACCGUUAUGGGGGCCGUCAUCAUGGAGGGCUUCUACGUGGUCUUUGACCGGGCUCAGAGGCGCAUUGGCUUUGCGGUCAGCACUUGCCAUGUGCAGGACGCGUUCCGGGUGGCCUCGGUGGAUGGGCCUUUCCUGCACUCCAACAUGGAGGACUGUGGCUACAACGUCCCCCAGACGGACGAGUCGAUGCUGAUGACCAUCGCCUACAUCAUGGCAGCCAUUUGCGCCCUCUUCAUGCUUCCUCUCUGCCUGAUGGUCUCGCAGUGGCGCUGCCUCCGCUGCCUCCGCCGCGGCCAUGAUGACUUCGCGGAUGACAUUUCCCUGCUAAAGUGAGCGCUGCCCCCCCACCUCCGGCCCGUGCUGGUGACACGGCUGGGCAUUGGCACUGCAGCCACCAUCCCCUCCCUUAGGGCUGCUGUGGCCUUUGCCUUCUCCAAGCAGGCAGCGGCUGAUGCUGAGGUUCUCUGCUGCCGCCUGGGGCCCACCACAACCACCGGCCUCUGGCCCGUGGCGGGCAGAGAGGUUGGCAGGGCCUUUUGUGGCGCAAGACCCGUUGCCAUUGCUUCCACUGGUGUCCCAGGAGUCCUGCAACUUGUGCAGGCAGCGGGCAGGACUGGCAGGGCGUCCCAUCACCUGUCCAGAAAACACCUUUUGUCCCAUUGCUCUGAUGCAGCUUGUGCACCAGGGAAGCAGCAGAUCGAAAGGGGGCGGGGGCUUCUGAGCAGUACUUCUUUGUAAUUAAUCAAGGGCGGGGGGGUGUUUGGCGUGCUUGUUUCUCUGAAUCUCAGUAGUUAUGAAACCGAAGGUGGGUUGCUGUGCCCCAUUUUCAGAGUCUUCGGGUGCCUGCUUGGAACUAUGGUGACCCCCAUUUCAAGGACACCCGUCCCCCAUGCUGGCUGGGGCAGGGAUCAGCUCCAGGUGGCGGAGGACCCUCUGGGUUGGCGAAAGGCUAGAUGGCUGUAGAACCCGAAUUCCAGGAACGGAGAAGGAUCUGUGGCUGUAACAGCUGCCUAGGAGGUGGGGAGGGCGGCCCUUCCGCCGCCCUGCUUAUGGCGUUGCCCUUCCUCCUCUCCUCUAGGGAGGCCCCAUGAGCUGGCCAGUGGCCCCACUUCUGGGAGGUGGG